AUGCCGUCAUCUCUGACGGCAAAGCCGUUCGAGACAAACCAAGCACAAACCAAUAAUUCGUCUGAUUCUUUGCUAAAGCCGGCCGCAAGCUCAUCAGGUGGUGCCGAUGAUACAAUAACAAUGAUAAUGGUCGUCAUGCUGUUUCUUGCUUGCAAUACACUGGCCUUGGUGGUCAACUUGAUCGAGACCUUCUUCGAUCCGGACCCGCUACUGCUCAAUCUCCUUUCCGAUGCCAGUAAUUUUCUGGUCAUACUCAACUCUUCUGUGAAUAGUGUGAUAUAUUUCGUCUUCAACAAAGAGUAUCGUGAAAUCGCUUUGACAAAGUUUUAUCAAAUGGUUGAUAAAUACUCAAAGAAGACUCUUUGCUGUUGUUGCCGCUGUUGCUGCUGUUGUGUUGGGCGUCGACGUCGGCAGGAUCAUGCAUACCAUCCGGUCGCUAACGGUCGUGACCAGGGAAGACCGCCGUCAUUACGGUGUAUCGUCGCCGAAAACAACGCCGACACAGUGACUAGUGAGUUUUUGAAAUGA